AGAGAGAGAGAGAGAGAGAGAGAGAAGGAGAGAGAGAGAGAGGGGGGAGACAAGGCGAAUCCCUGUGAAAUCUGGGGCAGGAGAAUGGCGGAGGGGCAGAAUGCUUGCCUUUCGAGAGGGCAAAAUAUUUUAUUUGUGCUGUGAAACUAGGAGACAAUAGUAUACAACAGAGGUAACGGGACAGAGGGAAGCGUGAGGUGUCCUGUGCCCUCUCAUCUCGAAAUGAACUGUCACUCGGGACUACGAUGGUUGGUAGCUUUAUGCGCUUUCUUUCAAGUGGGCUCACCGUGGGACACGCACCAGAGCACGCGGAAAUGUGACAAGCCCGUAUCGCAAAAAGACAUGAACUCCUUCCUGUGGACGGUGAAACGGCCUCCCCCUUUCCCUCUGUCCUAUCUGUUUGGGACAAUCCACGUCCCGUACACUCGAGUCUGGGACUACAUCCCUGAGAGCUCGAAACGGGCCUUCCAGACCAGCACCAAUGUUUUCUUUGAACUGGAUCUCACAGAUCCUCUAACCAUCUCAAAACUCACUAGCUGCCAGCUUCUGCCCAAUGGAGAAAACCUCCAGACGUUACUGCCACGUGAUCUCUACCGCCGACUCAAACGCCACCUGGACUAUGUCAAACACAUGAUGCCCUUCUGGAUGACCGCAGACCAGCGUGGCCGAGGGCUUUAUGCAGACUACCUCUUCAAUGCCAUUGCAGGGAACUGGGAACGCAAGAGGCCCGUAUGGGUGAUGCUGAUGGUGAACUCGCUGACGGAAGCAGAUGUGCGGUCGCGAGGAACUCCGGUACUCGACCUGUUCUUGGCACAGGAAGCUGAGCGCCUCGGAAAGCAGACAGGUGCUGUGGAGAGGGUGGAGGAACAGUGCCAUCCCCUGAAUGGACUGAACUUCUCACAGGUGUUGUUUGCUCUGAACCAGACUCUACUGCAGCACGAGAGUCUGCGUGCGGGCAUUUUACAGGACGCCUUCACUACUGAGGACCUCAUCACACACUACAACUGUGGAGACCUCAACUCCAUUAUCUUCAAUCAUGACACAUCCCAGCUUCCACAUUUCAUCAACAGUUCCCUGCCAGCUCACGAGCGUCUGACGGCACAGCAGAUUGACAGUUACCUGCGGCAGGAGCUCAUUUACAAACGCAACGAGCGAAUGGCCCGCCGUGUCUCUGCCCUCCUUCAGAGAAAUCCAACCCAGAGCUUCUUUUUCGCUUUUGGAGCUGGUCAUUUCCUGGGGAAUCACAGUGUACUAGACAUCCUGCGCCAGGAGGGCUAUGAGGUGGAGCACACACCAGCCCAAGAAACCAUCACACAAAGGAACUGGUCUGGUGUGGAGGGGACUCCUAUGAAUCCCACUGAAGGCAGCUCUGAGUCAGUGAUGGAAUGGACAUCAGAACCUCCUGAGCUAGAGGAGAUCAGCCAGGAGGAACUCUCCCACAUGCUUCUGCCAGACAGUCUCAGCCAGCUAGAGGAGUUCGGCCUCUACAAGCACCCCCGUAAAACCCAUCGUUCACACAUUCGACCACGGCUGUUCAGUGACCUGUGGGUGCGCAUGGGAGACAGCACGACUCCAAACCCUAAUAUAAGGAUAACCAAUGGUUAUGUGACAGUGGAACCUCCUCAAACACGACAGGAACAACAGCAAAGACAAACGCCACUCAGAGAAAGACUGAAGUCCCCCAGCCAGCCCACAAUCCCUAGUGCACUUGACUCCGCUGAUCCAAACACAACAUAUGCGCUGAGUUGCAUUUUGGCCGGUCUCAUUUCACAACUGCUUUUCACUUCCUGAAUAUGGAAAUGGGUCUCUUGGACUCUCACAAACCAACUCAAUAAGAAUUUUAUCUGAGUGACUUUGCCUGUGGUGAAAAUAAAUGGCAGUGAAGUACAUUUAGGUACUGCUUAGAUCAAUUUUGGGUGUCUGCCUAAAGUAAAUUAGUCACCGCAGAAUGUAAGAGUAGAUGUGUGUGAGUAAUUUCUAAUUGUUAGAUCUGGCAGAAUGGUAGUCUGUAAGAAUAACAAUAAGAACAUUUUGUUAUACUUAUGCAAUGACUCUGUCCAGAUUUGAUCCAUAGAAAUCAGCUAAGAUUGUACCUUGUUAUGUGAAUUACCCACGUGACUUUUUUCUAUUGCCCUAUCAGAGCAGACAGCAAAACAUGAAUGUGCAUUUUAAUAAAUGAAAAUGGGGCAAACGAAACUAUACAAAAAUUAACAAUAUGAUAUAUAAAGGUUAAACACCUAAAUUAUAUAAUAGUCUUAUUAUAUGAUAUGGUCACUGACAGAUAACUUAAACAGUUCACAGAGAUGACAUUUAUAUUUUGUAAAUUGUGCAUUUGUUCAUACAGAAAUUUUAUAUUUAUUAUUUCAUGAAGAGUAUAUUUUCAUGCAUUUCUCAAGUAUUAAAGUUAUA